AUGGAAAAAGAUAUCGUUAACUUACCGGAAGAUUUAUUGGAUCAGAUCGAAAAGAAGCCAUUGAAACGCCAGUCGACUAAAAUAUCGUUCGCUUGCGAUGAUGCUGAUGGAGACUGCAACCAUUUCUUGUUCGAUGAUUACUUUAGAAGCGAUUCGACAGAAUCAUUUAGCGUUUAUGAUCUUUUCUUAAGGCUUCAAUAUCCAGUUAAACGGAAUCGUGAAUCAAAACUUGAAAAAUUCAAAAAUUAUUGGGAAAAUUAUUCAUUUUAUGCAAUAUGGAGGAAGAAAUUUUUGGAGGACCACAGUUGUACAGAAAAAGAUAUGUGGAAAGAGUUCUGCAUCGCCGCUUUACCACAUGUCAUCAUCAAUAUUGUCUUGACAUUUUAUAUUAUCUGCGGUGCUUUAAUAUUCCAGUUAGUUGAUCCUAGAAUUCGUGAAGAGAAAUUUUAUAAUGUUGUCCAGUUUACAUUCACAACAAUUGCAACUGUUGGUUACGGUAAUAUUGUACCAACUACCGAUCUUAGCAAAAUUUUUUGCAUAUUCUAUACUUUAAUGGGUAUACCACUGAUGUUUCUUGCACUUACAAAUAUCGGUCAAUUUUUAGCCGAAGGAUAUUGGAUAUUUCUAGCAUCAUUGUCCAGGAAACAAAAUGUAGGAGCGUCCGAUGAGAGACGUUUACCGAUUGGCGUUGUAGUUGUUUUACUUUUAACUCAUUCAGUAAUCGGAGGAAUCCUUUUUCAUUUCUGGAUUGAUCAAAUGCCAGUGAUACCAGCGAUCUAUUUCAGCUUUGUUUCCAUCACCACAAUUGGUUAUGGUGAUAUUACACCAACUCCGAACGGAUCCUUUCAAACAUUUAUUAUUAUUUGUUACCUUGCUACUGGAAUGGUAAUAAUGUCAACUUUUGUUGCGGCUUUGUACAAUUAUCUUCAUCAAUUGCAUUACCUUGGUAGAAGUUUCAGUGGUGCCGCUAAUGUUGAAGUUUGGUUCGGUGGAACACGUAUGUCCAUUGCAGAAUUACUGCAAAUCGUUGCUGAACAAUUCAAGGUUUCGCCGAAGAUUCUUUGUAAUGUUCUACAUGAUCUGGAUGAUCUAAUAACUGCAGCAACUGAUCCUCGAACUAAAGCAAGCAUUGAAAUGAAUACGAAUGGUGAACCAAGUAUUUUGCCUAUAAUUAGCGGCGCAACGGGUGAUGCAUAUUCAAUGACACUUGAGUUGCAGAAAAGCGAAAAUUCACGAGAAACUCAUGCAAGUCGCUUAUUUCGAUUUGAAUAA